GCAGAAUGAUUACUCCUGCGUUUACGAUAACCCAAACCCCAGCAUUUGUAAAAAUUUGCAUAAAGGCACCGUACAUCAAGGUAACGUUAACCGAUAACGUGGACCGGAUUUUGAAAGAAAUACUUCAAAGUCCACGAGUCGAGGACCAAACGGCUAAUUCAACUUAUAAAUCUUAUAAAUUCAAAUUUCAAGAUGAUGAACGUGUUAAAUCCUCUUACGACGUAUCAAUCGGCGAAAUUGUUAUAGAAUUACCAAAAGAAACUCCCGGAGAGGAAUUUCCGGAUUUGGAUUUAUUAACCAAACUAUUAGCACCGAGAAAAAGUAAAAUUCUAGAGAAACCCUUAAUAGAAGUUGUGGGAGAAAGUAAGGGCGAGAAUGAUGAUCAUAAAGGUGAUGAGGAAGAAUUUGCAAAAGAAUUAAUUGAAAAUGUGGAUAGGGUUCAGGAUGGGAUGUUGAAAAUAAUCGAAGAAGCCACGGAUUUCGAUUGGGAGAUGCCUCAGAAAAUUCACGAGAAAGAAGAUCCUUUGGCUACAGUUGCUAGUUACGGAUUUAACGGGUGUUACUCUGGAUAUUUCAUGCAUUUACAGGAGACUUGUAACGAAAUAAUCGAUAUUUCAGAUCCGGAAAAAUCCACGUUCGAGUCUCGUCGUCGGGAUCGAU